CGGACACACGCACGCGCACAUCUAACGCGCAACCUCCUUCUCUCCUCCGCGUCGUCGUGUGAUGCUGCGGUCCGAGAUUCUUCAACCAACUGGACCAAGCCAGCCUUGCAUUUUUGGGACACGUUGACUUCAAUUUACAAUCGCAAAUGAGGAUAUACGUUCGCCUGUUUGCUGUGGAUGUUUUGGGUUGACGCCCGGCUUGAUUUCUAGGGAGUAAUAUGGAUGAUCAGGCCAGGAAAAGCGGCUGAGGAUUUGGGGAGAAGGUUGGUUCGACACGACGCUCGGGAGGCAUGAAUUUAUUCUAGAAAUAAAAGAGAUCAAAUUCUGCUCCUGUAAUAUUUAACAGUGUAGAAAUAGUUUUCAUUUUGAGAAGAUGGCUCAUCUGAUCAGACACAAGCUGACCAACAAGCUGACCAAUGCGGCCCACACGGUGUCCAACAAAUCCCAGGCCAAGGUCAGCGGGGUGUUCGCCCGCCUGGGCUUUCAGGCCGCCACCGACGAGGAGGGACUGGGCUUCGCCGAGUGCGACGACUUGGACUAUGACUACAGACAAGGGAUGCAGAUGGAUGUCCUCCAAGGGGACGAGGAUGGGGGACGCAUGGACGGGGAGGGGGACUUUGAGGGGGACAGCCACUACCAGAGAGACGGCACCGGGCCCAGACCCUCCCUGAAGACUGGGGGGUCCCUUGAGGAGGACAGGCCCAAGAUCACGUCGUGGGAGGCGGGAUGGAACGUCACCAAUGCUAUUCAGGGCAUGUUCGUCCUCGGCCUGCCGUACGCCAUCCUACACGGCGGCUACCUCGGCCUCUUCCUCAUCAUCUUCGCCGCUGUGGUCUGCUGCUAUACCGGGAAAAUCCUCAUCGCUUGUCUGUACGAGGAGAACGAGGAUGGCAUCAAGGUUCGGGUGCGGGACUCGUACGUGGACAUCGCCAACGCCUGCUGCGCACCGCGCUUCCCCACUCUGGGGGGUCACGUGGUGAACGUGGCUCAGAUCAUCGAGCUGGUCAUGACCUGCAUCCUCUACGUAGUGGUCAGCGGGAACCUGAUGUACAACAGCUUCCCGGGGUUCCCUGUCUCGCAGAAGGCCUGGUCGGUGGUGGCCACCGCUGCGCUCCUUCCAUGCGCCUUCCUGAAGAACCUGAAGGCCGUGUCCAAGUUCAGCCUCCUGUGCACCUUGGCCCACUUUGUCAUCAACGUCCUGGUCAUCGCCUACUGCCUCUCCCGGGCAAGAGAGUGGGCCUGGGAGAAGGUCAAGUUCUACAUUGAUGUGAAGAAAUUCCCCAUCUCCAUCGGGAUCAUCGUCUUCAGCUACACCUCCCAGAUCUUCCUGCCUUCUCUGGAGGGCAACAUGCAGAGGCCCAGCGAGUUCCACUGCAUGAUGGAGUGGACUCACAUUGCUGCUUGUGUCCUCAAAGGUCUCUUCGCCCUGGUGGCCUAUUUAACAUGGGCAGACGCCACCAAAGAGGUCAUCACAGAUAACCUGCCCUCCACCAUCAGAGCUGUGGUCAAUCUCUUCCUGGUGGCCAAAGCUCUUCUGUCCUACCCACUGCCCUUCUUCGCUGCAGUGGAGGUCCUGGAGAAGUCCUUGUUCCAGGACGGAGGCAGAGCUCUGUUCCCUGACUGCUACGGCCCGGGUGGACAGUUGAAAUCCUGGGGUCUGGGCCUUCGAGUGGGCCUCGUGGUCUUCACCUUGCUCAUGGCAGUGUUUGUCCCACAUUUCGCCCUGCUGAUGGGUCUGACUGGGAGCCUCACUGGUGCCGGUCUCUGCUUCCUCCUGCCUAGCCUCUUCCACCUGAAGCUCCAGUGGAGGAACCUGCUGUGGCACCAUGUCUUCUUCGACGUGGCCAUUUUUGUUAUCGGGGGCAUUUGUGCCAUUUCCGGCUUCAUUCACUCCAUCGAGGGGCUCAUAGAGGCUUUCAAGUACAACAUCCAAGACUGAUGCCUCCACAGGUCUGACCUUUACUGAAUGAUGUCCACAAUCAGAACCUCCCAGCCGGUUGUUCGGACCCACUUGACAUCUUUUCUGGAGGAAUAUUUGUGUGAAAUGUACAUCUUUUUAUUUUUGCCUUCGUGAUAAUGUGCAAUAAUAAACGCUACAAUCAUAGUGUAAAAUCUCAAUCCAGAAAUCGCUGACUGGACAGAGGGACACAACCUCCGCAUGAAAGGGGUUCAUAAGUGUCAGUCAGUGAAAUUUGCUCUAAAUAUGAGUGUGUACGUGUGUUUUAUCUGGGGAAUGCCAACAAUGGAGUGACUAUGUUCUUUCUGGUGUUUGAGCUGCUAGAUAUUUGACUAUAAUCCCACUUCGGAGAAAACAAUCAACAAAGCCGUCAUCAGAUCGGAUGCUGAAAAACUUUAGUGUGUCGUUGUUGGAUUACUUUGUGUUUCGUGGACAUUGUCAUUUCUUUUCUUGGUGUUUUCAAGUGUCAUUCUGGAUGGAAGUGAAGUGCAAGCAAGUGGGUCCUAAUCGUGUUGUAUGACGAAAAAAACAAAGUCCGUCUGAUGAUAUUCUCCUCCUACUGUUCAUUGUGAUUUAAUGGAACUAAUCAUGGUGUGUGCGACAAAGUUUGUUGAAUUAAGAGGUAAAUAAAUGAAAUAUUUUACGGCUGAGGAUUAUAUAUUUUGUGGGUUUUUUUUUUUCACAUGAUGUACAUGUGAUAUUUGUGAGUCACUGUGCUGCUUUGAUCCACACCAUCUCGUGGGUUUUCUUUCCCAAUACAAGUUUCAUUUCAUGAACAGAAUUGAAACUCGCUUAAUAGUGCAGUAUUUCUGUGCAAUAAAGCCUGAUAAAAUACACAAAAGUAACAAGCUUACGACUGAGUCACGUUACUAUAUACUUGAUGUUUGGAGGAAUACUUGUGUGAACUAUUUCAGAGUUGUGUUCUGAACUUUCACACAACUAAAGAGUCAAUUACACAAAACAACUUUGUCCUUGUCACUGCAUUGUCACAU